UCUGACAUCUUCCGGUCCUCCUCGGCCUGCCGCCGCCGCACUCUGUUUCAGCCGGACAUAGCUGCCUUUCUCUGUGUGUGUGUGUGUGUGUGUGUGUGAGAGAGAGAGAGAGAGAGAGAGAGGGAGAGGGAGAGAGAGAGAGAGAGAGAGAGAGAGAAGGUAAGCGUGCCAUAGCUACCGUAGUAAGCCGGCCCGACGUUCUGGUGUUCAGGAAGAGGAGGAGGAAGAAGCCAUACGGCGUUUCGUUGUACGUCGAAAUUUGAACUCCAAUUUCAAUUUCCAGGCGAUCAACGGACAGAGAAAUGGCGGGCAUUGCGGUGGAAGAUGGUCCGUCCAACUCCGUGUCCAAUGGGACGGCGGCGCAGCCGGGACCACCAUCAGCAGCUAUGGCCGCCGUCAGCCUGACUCUUGGAUCGAAGGAGUAUUAUCAGCAUCGUAUCGUCAUGUUCGAGAGGAUUCAGAGGGAGCAGGCUGAGAAGCGCCAAAAAGAGGGAGGACAACCAAUCAAGGUGACGAUGCCAGAUGGAGCAGUGAAGGAGGCCCAAAAGUACUUGACAACGCCAAUGGACAUUGCACGCGCCAUCUCCAAAGGGCUUGCGGAUAAUGCUCUUAUUGCCAAAGUCAAUGGAGUUCUGUGGGACAUGGCAAGGCCAUUUGAGGAAGAUUGCACGUUGCAAAUCUUCAACUUCAAUACUGAUGAAGGAAGGGACACAUUCUGGCACUCCAGUGCGCACAUCUUGGGAGAAGCUUUGGAAAUUGAAUACAAUUGUCAUCUGUGCAUUGGACCUUGUACGACAAGAGGAGAGGGCUUUUAUUACGAUGGGUUUUAUGGAGAAAAGACGCUAAGUGAAGCCAACUUCAAGCCAAUUGAGAAAUGCGUUGAAAAGAUUGCAAAGGAGAGGCAGCCAUUUGAGAGGAUCGAAGUGACUCGGGACGAGGCGAUGGAGAUGUUUGCAACAAAUACGUUCAAGAUUGAGAUUAUCAAAGAGCUUCCGCCGGAGAAGACAAUUACGGUGUACAGGUGUGGAAAUCUGGUUGAUUUGUGCCGAGGACCUCAUAUUCCAAGCACAUCAUCUGUCAAAGCAAUGGCGUGCACAAAGGCAUCAGCAGCAUAUUGGAGAGGUCGUGCGGACAGAGAAACGCUUCAGAGGGUGUAUGGCAUAUCCUACCCAGACAGCAAGAGUCUGAAGGAGUACUUGCAUGCUCAGGAGGAGGCUAAGAAGAGGGAUCAUAGAGUUGUGGGAACGGCUCAAAAGUUGUUUUUCUUCCAUCCCCUCAGCCCAGGGAGUUGUUUCUUUCUUCCGCAUGGAGCGCGCAUAUACAACAAACUUGUGGAAUUCAUCCGAUCAGAGUACCGAAAACGCGGCUAUGAGGAGGUUGUGACGCCAAAUGUGUACAAUAUGAAGCUUUGGGAGACUUCAGGGCAUGCUGCAAAUUACAAGGAGAACAUGUUUUGCUUUGAGGUGGAGAAGCAGGAAUUUGGGCUGAAACCAAUGAACUGUCCUGGGCAUUGUCUGAUGUUUGACAGCACAGUGCGGUCGUAUCGAGAGCUGCCUAUCAGAUUUGCAGACUUUGGAGUGUUGCACAGGAACGAGUUCAGCGGGGCACUCACGGGUCUGACCAGAGUGCGGCGGUUCCAACAGGAUGAUGCACACGUUUUCUGCACGGAGGAUCAGGUUACGAAAGAGGUGGCGGAUUGCCUGGAUUUCUUGUCCCAUUGUUAUGGAAUAUUUGGCUUCACAUUUGAGCUCGAGUUGUCUACAAGGCCAGAAAAGUUCCUUGGAGAGAUUGAAGUUUGGAACAAGGCAGAGAAGGCGUUGACUGAUGCAUUGAAUUCCUUCGGACGACCUUGGAAGAUAAAUGAAGGAGAUGGCGCGUUCUAUGGACCUAAGAUCGACAUCACAGUUUUUGAUGCGCUGAAAAGGAAAAAUCAGUGUGCAACGAUACAGCUCGACUUCCAGCUGCCGAUCCGGUUCAACCUUCAAUACAGCACAGAGGAUGAGACGGGAAAGAGGGAACGCCCGGUAAUCAUCCAUCGAGCCAUCCUGGGGUCGGUUGAGCGAAUGUUUGCGAUUCUUCUGGAGCACUUCGCUGGCAAAUGGCCUCUCUGGCUUAGUCCACGGCAGGUCAUCAUUUGCCCUGUAUCUGACAAGUUCCUUGAAUAUUCAGAGAAGGUGAGAGCUGCAGUGCACGAUGCCGGGUUUUAUGUGGAGGUGGACAGCUCUGAUCACAAGCUACAGAAGAAGAUCCGCGAGGCACAAUUGGCGCAGUUCAACUUCAUCCUUGUUGUCGGUGCGCAGGAGGAGAGCGAAGGAACGGUCAAUGUGCGCACCAGAGACAACGUGGUCCAUGGGACAAAGAGUCUGGAGCAAUUUCUGCAGCAACUGGAAAGCGAAGUCGCUGCUUUCCACUGACAGUCGGACAUGAGAAAAGUUUUGGCAAGAUUUGCGUUGGUGGGAGUAAGUGCGGGCCAUGUAGAGAGGAAGAGAGGGAGGGAGAGAGAGAGGGAGAGAGGGAGAGGGAGAGAGGGAGAGAACUGAAGUCGCUUGUUUCCACUGACAGUCGGACAUGAGAAAAGUUUUGGCAAGAUCCACUUUGGUGGGAGUAAGUGCGCGCCAUGGAGAGAGGGGGAGAGGGAGAGAGAGAGCGAGAGAGGGAGAGAGGGAGGGAGGG